AAACGCGCAAAUGGUCUUGUGAGGAGGUCAUCUCAGCUGCUGAAUGAGCAAAAUUCCGCAGAGGCAACUGCUUAGCAACAGAAGGCUGCACAGCGAGCAACAGGGAAGCUGCGGAAGUGGACGGAACGAAAUUUAAUUAAAAGGGACUGGGGCAUUGCAAGAGCUCAUCACCAGAGCGAGAUUGUUGAAUCUCGCCCACCAGAAGGGUAUCCUUUCCACCUGACUUCGUCGGGGCAUGAUGUCGGGAGGGCGUAUACAAGUGGAGAGGCGGACCGAUGCACAGUCUCAAGGCGUUGUUGUGAUUACGAUAAACAGACCUGAGGCAUUGAAUUCCCUCACCAGGGAGAUGAUUGUUGACUUAGCACGGGUCUUUGCUGAACUUUCAGAGGAUCCUUCCGUGCGUGUGGUCUGCCUCACUGGAGCUGGGAGAGCAUUCUGCGCAGGUGUUGAUUUAACGGCAGCAAGCUCGGUCUUUCAAGGAAAUGCCUUUGACAACGAGCACGAGAGUCCCGUUGCUCAGAUGGCCAAGUGUUCUUUUCCAAUCAUUGGAGUGAUUAAUGGUGCUGCAGUCACGGCAGGCCUCGAGCUAGCUUUGGCAUGCGAUAUCCUCAUCGCGAGUACGAAGGCCCGUUUCGCAGACACGCAUUGCGUGUUUGGAAUUGCGCCAGGUUGGGGGCUUUCGCAGAAGCUUCCUCGUAUGAUCGCCGCAAACCGCGCCCGAGAUUUCUCUUUCUCUGGAAAGUUCAUUACGGGGGAGACGGCAGAGAAGUGGGGGCUUGUUAGCCAAGUGGUGGAGCCUGAGCGCCUCAUGGCAGUGGCUAUCGCCUUUGCAUCCACCAUAGCCAAGAAUCAUCAGAAGAUGGUGAAGCACUACAAGCGUGUUCUCAAUGAUGGACUAGGAAUGCCUUUGAAGGAGGCGCUUCAGAUGGAGCAGAAUCGUGCACAAGAAUACUACGCGACUAUGGGUCCCGAUGCAUUCGAGAAAAUGAAAAAAUUUAUUGCGUCGAGGUCUGCGGCCGCAGAGAAGGAGACGAAGAAGCCAAGUCCGGCGAAGGACUCGUCCCGUCCACCCAGGUCGCGGAUGUGAGUGACUUCUGCCCCCCAGUGUUGCUCUUUCAGAAUUGCCACACACAUUUGCCGCAUGCGUAAGAGUCGGGAGUCUCGGGGCGAAGAGCAGUUCUUUUUUUUUAAUUCAUACUGCCAUGCUGUUUGUUUCCUUCACUUGUCCACAAUUCCUGUCCUUAUUCAUACUGUUCAUUUCCUUCACUUGUCUGGUGGAACAGAUGGGAGAGCGGGGAGAGAGAAAAUUUUGUCCACACAAUUGUCAUCAAUUCAUAAUCAACAUUUUUUUUCGAACAAGGGACGAGGAAUUCGGUCGCUGACGUCAUCUGCCGAAGCCACCUUCUCCCAAAUGCAUCACCUGACGAAGAAUGAUGGGAGUACUGCCCGUUUUCGGGGUUUAGGGUUUGAAGGCACAUGACAAAUAUUAUAACGCUGUAUCGAUCACUGCGAACAUAGUUAAGCUACAGAGCUGUGAUUACUUGCUGGUUCUUCUCCGAUCUCGUCGGAUCUUCAUCUAUUCAGAUCUUAUCAAUCAGAUCUUGUCCUAUCGUACACUUUGUCUGAACUCUGUCCUCUUCAGCCAAAACUAGUGAUUGUCAAUAGUGGCCAGCUGCUGGCUGCCCAAUGUAGGUAUGGCCAAUCACACACGUGUUUCAUGCAAGACUGAACCAAAUGUAGGUAUCGCCAUCGCCAAUCAAACAAGCAUGUCAUGCAAGACUUAACCAAAUGGAUAUCCAAUUCGCUGGUCAUCAUCAGUUGGAGGAAAUUCAGCGAAGCGCUCAUCUCAUCGUCAAGGGAAUGUCAUGAAGCAAUCGCCAUACUGGCCAGCUGCUGGCUGCCCAAUGUAGGUAUGGCCAAUCACACACGCGUUUCAUGCAAGACUGAACCAAAUGUAGGUAUCGCCAUCGCCAAUCAAACAAGCAUGUCAUGCCAGACUUAACCAAAUGGAUAUCCAAUUCAGUGAUCAUCAUCGGUUGGAGGAAAUUCAGGGAAGCCCUCAUCUCAUCGUCGAGGGAAUGUCAUGAAGCAAUCGCCAUCUAUUCCAGGACCUUCUGAUUCAGCACUCUAAUGUAGUUUGGCGCGCUCUGUAAUUGAUUAUGCUCAGGACUCAGGAGGUGUGCAGGUGGCGCUCGUUUGCCAAUUGCAG